GACAGCAGCUGACAGUUGUGGUGGAGUGUGUGCGCGCGCAGUCGCACCAACACCGACGUACACAUCUGCAUAUAAUAGAAAUAGAGGCUCGAAGCUAGAAUGAGCAGCGGCCAAGCCCCAGUGUCGUGCAUCCCAGCGGCGAGCAAGAUGUCGAAGGCCAAGAAGGUCAUCGACGAGGCCCGCGAGCUUCAGAAUCCCGAGCUCGAGCUCGCCGACAAGGGCGUCACCAGCUUCGAGGAGCUGCCCGGUCUACUUAAUAUGUUCAACAUCACGCGGAUAACGCUGAGCCACAACAAAAUUACAGCUGUUCCACCGGGCCUAGCCAAUCUAGUCAACUUGGAGAUAGUCAACUUAUUCGACAACCACAUAACGGAGUUGCCCGUCUCUCUGUCGCAGAUGCCGAAGCUCAGGAUCCUAAAUGUGGGAAUGAACAGGCUCAACGUACUUCCACGCGGUUUUGGCGCUUUUCCAGUGCUCGAGGUGCUGGAUCUGACCUACAACAAUCUGCACGAGAAGAACUUGCCGGGCAACUUCUUUAUGAUGGAAACUCUCCGCGCCCUGUACCUGUCAGAUAACGAUUUCGAGUAUCUGCCGCCGGAGAUCGGCAUGUUGAAGAAUUUGCAAAUCCUCGCCCUUCGUGACAACGAUCUGAUCGAGCUGCCUAAGGAGAUUGGCGAGCUAAGCCGUUUGCGCGAACUUCACAUUCAGGGAAAUAGACUUACCGUUCUACCUCCCGAAAUCGGUAAUUUGGAUCUCGUCAGCAACAAAGCGGUUUUCCAAAUGGAAUUCAACCCGUGGGUAACGCCGAUAGGUGACCAGCUGCAGGUUGGCAUAUCCCACGUCAUGGAUUACCUGCGCUCCGAAACUUACAAAUACGUGUACAACAGACACCAAGCAGCGAAAGGGCCGCCACUGCCGAUCGAUGGUGAAAAGAAGAGCAAAAAGUUAUCGCGAGCUCGUUGAGGAGUAUAAGCGGCCGUGGACUCCGAUUGAAAUGCCAAUGACUAAUGUUACAUGCUUACACUGCCAGAGUCUCUCGUUGAAGAUACAAAUUUUAUUCGAAAGAAGAAUGAAUGUGAAUGUUAAGAUUUUAAUCGUGCCUUACUACUUAGUAUUUUCUAUGUAUUUAUUAUUUUAUCUACGACUUUUACAUAUGUACGUGUAGAAAAUGCAAAUUAACAUUGUAUACAAUUUAUACGCAGGCUUGUAAGAUUUUUUAUACUAUACAUUGUAGACCUAUAACGUCGCCGUUAAUAUUUAAUCGUAUGAGUAAUAACCAUGUGAACGUGCCUACAAUAGAACUUGCAUCUCUUUAUAUUAUGUUAUUUUUAAUAAAUCAAUUUACUUCUAUUUAAACGAAAGUAUAAAUAUUUUAUUUUAACUACAUAUUAUUAUAUCUUUGUUCUGUAUUCAUAAAAUACAAUACAACUUAUAGAUGUAUCUCUAAUAAUUGUAAAUUAAUCUUGAACAUAUAUGAAUUAUGUUAUUUUUAAUAAAUGAACUUACUACUA